AUGGUCGUCGAUUCGGAAGUUUUACUCGAUUCUUUCAUGCCACCAUCUCUUUUUAAAGAAUUUGUUGUCAACAGGAAUCUUUCUCUUUAUUGGAUCGAUCAUCAAAUUCACGAUGACAUCUUUCUUCAUCAUGCAAAUGUCUCUGACUAUGAAAAUGAAUCAUUUAGAAUUGUGAAUGAAGCAUUAGCCAAACUUGGUGGAACUCUUAUCCCAUUGGACAGCUUGACUGUAGCAGGUAGCCUGCACUGGUCAUCUAUCUAUUAUAACACCAAAUGGGCCAAUCAUUUGUUUCUUGAUGUCAACAGCCCUCAGCAGCUGUCUCACUUUGGGAAUUUUUUACAGAAGAAAUCAGAUGUUGAUGAUGACUUCCCCUCUUUACCUUCCAACAACAAAGCAGUUUCAAAAGACCAAAACAAAAGAUCCAAACAUCAGAUUAAAGGUCGAGGCUUAUUGCCUGUAACUUCAGUUUUGGACCAUUUCAUUAAAGGACCUUGCACUACUGCCUCUGCGUUAAUAAAAGAUGGUGGCAACCUCACUAGGCAGCCUCAUAUUGAAGCUACUUUAGGAUUUCAUCAAAAUGAGACGCAACCUGAGUUAUGUCCUCUUAUGUUAGUGCCUACUAAUUCCUCUGGUACAGGGACUAUUGAGAAAUUCUUUAGCUGUUCACAGCUUUCCAGUUCUGGAGCUGACGUGCAUGUAUCUAUGACUGACAAGCAUAAACAGUCAAAAGGUGACUCACAGCCCAAUGUUCAGUUUAUCCUCUCAUCCGAACCUCAGUCACAAAGUUCAUCUCUUAUGCUCUCUUCACAACAAUCAUCAAUAUGCCUUCAACUUGAAGUGUACUCUUAUCUCAGACGUAGUGAUGUUUGCAGUACAUCUGACUAUGCCUUCUUUUGUACUGUUUGUAUUCAACGUCUCUCUAAAUUCACUGCAAACAAAAAGUCUGACAAUCCCAAAUCAUCUACUUUUAACUCCUAUGCAAAAUUCCAGAGUUUACUACUUCGACUCACAGAAGCUGACCAAAAUUUGGUCUUAACUGUAAAAUUAGAUGGCCAGUCAACACCAUUUCUUGCUGUUUUACAACCUUUGUCAGUCAGCCUUGGUUUGAUAGUCUUCUUUCCCAUGGGACUUAGCUUGAAUCUUGAAAAUCACUUAGUUUGUAAAUCUAACCAUAAUGUCACUAAAGAAACCACUCCAGCCCAUACAUCCCAACUGGAGGCAGAUGAUCUUGAUUACAUCACUCAACAUUUUGCUAAAAAACUCUGGCACCCAAAAUACAUUCCUCAGUCAUUCGAGAUGCACAGAUCUGACAUUAAUGUCAGAAACGAAGUGUCAAAACUCAACGUAUUUGAUUCGGCUGUUUUAAACAAAUGGAAUUUACCUUGUUGUAACAAUCCUGAAAUGGCUAAAAUGUCAAUGAGUUUUGAUAAAAAUAUUGCCACUGAUCGUGAGGCAUGUGUAACACGAGAAACAAACUUGUUCAAGCAGCUAAAGACCUUCUAUCGCCAAGCAGACAGCCCAUCUCAGUUGGUGAACAAGAAGCAGCAACAGGAAGAAGAGAAAAAAUUAGCUGAAAACAUGUCUGAAGAAACUGCCUGCCAGAAUGCAGGAGGAGAACCAAAACCACGAAUUCUGCAGAAACUACGGAGUUUCACCCUGGGGCCAACAAGAGCUGAAAUGAUCCUAUCCAAAAGCAUGCAGGUUGUUGAACAACAAAGCAAAGUGGACAAAGAUGAGAGUAUAGGCAUGAGUCAAUCCUCCAGAUUGUCCCUGGAGACAGAGAGUCAGGCACUAGCAGUGGUCAAGCAGAUAGAUGAUGACCUGGCCUUGAGUAGUUUUAUAAAGGAGUUUUAUGAAUCCACCAUCACUAAUAACCUGAAUUCAUGGAAUCGGAUGCACCAUAUGGUGGCGAUUGUCCACAUGUACAUGAAAGAACGAAGCAAGAAGAAUCCAGAGGCUGAAGCGAAAAAAUUCUUGGAAGAGCAGGUCUACCUGUCUAGUUUCAGUCUGAGACAGAAAUAUCAGGAUGCAGCUUUGAGUACAAAGAAACAAAACAAGAUUCUUGAGUAUCAGUUACAAAUCAUUCUCCGAAUGGAAAUGCUUUCAUAUUUGAAGCUGUCAGAAGAUCAUGCAACAAAUGAAGAUGAAGAGCAGGAAGAUAAUGAAGAAAGCAUUGUUGAUAGUUUUGUGGACGAGAUUGUCACCAUGCUUCGUACAUUGUCAUUCAUCACAGAUGCUGCAAUUGUCCCUGUGUUCCUUAAUGAUGUCUUGUUGAAAAACUAUACUGAUACUCUCAUGCGUCCACUUGCUGAAAUUUACAAUGAACUCUUGCAACCAUUGCCCAGUGUCCUUGCUGCUUCAGCCGAUUCUCCUGAGAGCAGCAUACCUUCAUCAUUCUGUCCGUCAACAGUGGGUACCUGCAUUUUGGAUGAAACAACUCGGGAUGGAUUUCCAGAAAAUGGUACAACGCAAGCUAAAAGAGCCAAAACUAUACAAGUUGUUCCUGGUCUUGGAGAGGGUGUGAAACGCCAGAUUGUAGUUGGAAAGAAACCAGCAGCUACUGCAAAACAAAAUAAUCCUACCAAAAAUGCCAAAAACAAGAAAACAGAAGAAAAUGACUCCAAAGAAAAAGUCAGGGCACGGAGAAGUUUAUUCAUGUCUGAGAAAAGAAACUUGGAACGUCAUCGAUCAUUUGCUCUGCAUGAUAAGGACAAGACUCGAUCACAUCAGAAACAACGACACAGCCAUCGUUUCAGUAGCAAACAUUCCAUGGCCAAGAGUUCUUCGGCUCAGAAACGCUCCAAGACGAUGGUAGCUGAGACACCUGCUCAUAAGCAAAUAUCUCAGGUGAUGAGGAGGUGGCAUCUGCUUCAAAGUCGACUAACAGAACCAAUGCAAAACACUCAACCUGUCUGUGCAGAGAUUAACACAACACCAAAAAGGGCCAAGCCUGAUAUGACGGUAUCUAUCAUAGAAGAAUCUCCUUUAAAAGAAGGGAUUUCCAUUCCAAAAUUAUCUGAGAACUGCAAAAAAACAACAGUGUUAAUCAGGCGUGCAUUUUACGGUUCACAGAAUGAGAAAUCCCAAUCCAGAAAUCUUACCAAAUAUCUCGAGCUCACAUCAGCUGCCUUCAAAAUCAUCUCCAAAUUCGGACAGUCUGGAAGCGACAUCUGGUGA